GUCUCUGACGUAUGGCGACCCUAAGGCGAAUGUAUCGUAGGGGUUUUCUUAGCAAGAUGUGUUCAGAGAGGGUUUGCCGUUGCGUCGUCUGGGGCUGAGAGAGUGCAACUUGCUGGGUUUUUAUGCUCAUGCGGAGAGUCACAUUCACUCCAGAGUCCAAUGCUCAAACCGAUGCCGCACUGUAUAGAUAUAGCUAUAUUUCCUGCAAGUUUUCGUCUUCCCCCAUAUAGUUGUAUCGGGUGGAUCCAUCCGAGCGAACAAUCCCAUCAGACGCAGGGAGACAUACCUCUGAAUAGCCAUGCAUAGAGGCAGGACAGUGCAGUGGUUGGAACAGUCAAAUUGCCAAUAUCAGGGGGAUCCUUAUUUUCACCUUGUGUCUUGCAAACCUUUUGAAGCACUGGGCAUGCCAUUCGACACCCUGAAUGGAAACGGAGCCUCCAGGACAAAGCAAAGGACAUAGUAAAUGAUGUCUUUGCUGGUGGUCCUUGGUUUGUCAAAAGAGGACCAUGGCAGAGAGAGAGAGUCAGACACUUGAGAACGCAAACCAGAGGAGAGCUUGCAAGAAAAAGGCUUUGGUGACGAUAGGACUGCAAAAGGACUGCGCGCCCGGCGGAAAAAUUGGGACCUCUUUGGAUCCGGAAAGAAACCCGCAAAUCUGGAGAUGUCUCUGGCUUCAGCUGCCAUGCGGCGAAACAAGUGCAGCGAAUGUGGGGCUUCGCUCUCCCACCAGUAUUACGAGAAAGAUGGGCGCCUCUAUUGCAAGAAGGACUACUGGGCGCAUUUCGGGGAGAUGUGCCACGGCUGCUCUGAGCAGAUCACCAAGGGACUUGUCAUGGUGGCUGGAGAACAGAAGUACCACCCCGAAUGUUUCAGCUGUCUCAACUGCAGGGUGUUCAUCGGCGACGGAGAUACGUAUGCGCUGGUGGAACGGUCCAAGCUUUACUGCGGCCGCUGCUACUACCAGAUGGUUGUGACGCCAGUGAUGGACCAGUUGCUCCCAGAGUCUCCUGGCACCCGGAUCCCCCACACCGUCACCCUGGUUUCCAUCCCGGCUUGUUCCGACGGCAAACGGGGCUUCUCCAUCUCCAUUGACCAACACGGCGGUUCGGAGCACCCCCACACCGUGCGCGUGCGAGAAUUGGACCCAGACUGCAUCAGUCCCGACAUAAAGAACUCCAUCCACAUUGGUGACCGCAUCUUGGAGAUCAAUGGCACCCCGAUCCGACACGUCCCCCUAGAUGAGAUCGACCUUCUGAUCCAGGAGACCAGCCGCCUCCUGCAGCUGACCAUUGAGCACGAUCCGCAUGAAACGCUGGAGAACAGCCCGCUGUCGGAGCUGCGGAGUCCUCUCCGCUCGCCAAGCCGGACGCCGUGCCCAGAACCGGCCGCCAUCCGACAACGCUCCAUCAUGAGGAGUUGCAGCAUCGACAAGUCUCCUUGCUCCAGCGCCUUGGGUUCCCCCGCUUCCCAACGGAAGGACAUCGGCCGCUCCGAAUCGCUCCGCGUCGUCUCGCGCCCUCACCGCAUCUUCCGCCCGUCCGACCUCAUCCAUGGCGAAGUCUUGGGCAAGGGAUGCUUUGGGCAAGCCAUUAAGGUAACCCAUCGAGAAACAGGAGAGGUGAUGGUCAUGAAGGAGCUCAUCCGUUUUGAUGAGGAAACCCAAAGAACGUUCCUCAAGGAGGUGAAAGUGAUGCGUUGCCUGGAGCAUCCCAAUGUGCUGAAGUUCAUCGGGGUCCUCUACAAGGACAAGCGGCUGAACUUCAUCACGGAGUACAUCAAGGGCGGCACGCUCCGGGGGAUCAUCAAGAACAUGGACAGCCAGUACCCUUGGAGUCAGAGGGUCAGUUUCGCCAAAGACAUCGCAUCAGGAAUGGCUUACCUCCACUCCAUGAACAUCAUCCACAGGGAUCUCAACACUCACAACUGCCUUGUGCGAGAGAACAAAAGCGUCGUCGUCGCAGAUUUUGGCCUCGCCCGACUCAUGGUGGAUGAGAAGAACCAGCUGGCGAGCUUGAAGAAACCGGACCGUAGGAAACGGUACACGGUGGUCGGCAACCCUUACUGGAUGGCUCCGGAGAUGAUCAAUGGCAGGAGCUACGAUGAGAAAGUGGAUGUCUUCUCCUUCGGCAUCAUCCUCUGCGAGAUCAUCGGGCGAGUCAGCGCCGACCCCGACUACCUUCCUCGCACCCUGGACUUUGGCCUCAACGUCCGAGGUUUCCUGGACCGCUACUGCCCUCCCAGUUGUCCCCCCAGCUUCUUCCCGAUCGCAGUCCGGUGCUGCGAUUUGGAUCACGAGAAACGGCCUUCCUUCAGCCGGCUGGAGCAGUGGCUGGAAGCCCUCCGGAUGCACCUAGCCAUGCAGCUUCCACUCAGCCCGCAACUGGAGCAGAUGGACCAAGCCUUCUGGGAGACCCACCGGCAGUCAGACGGAGGGCUGAGCGUUCACCCAGAAGUGUCUGAAUGAAAGCUGCGGAGGUUGGGCAAGGACCCGGGACCGGGACCAUGCGCGUCUCUGCUGCACGGAGUUGAGGCGCAUCCUUUCCCUUCCCAAAAAGCUGCACGUAGCUCACCUGCCGGAGCUGGUCUCUGGCUCCAAAGAGGGCAUGGAAGUGAGGGAGGGUGUCAUUCUCCCUCACCCAUGGGAGUGGGUCCCUUUGCUCCCAUUGGGUGUGGGUAGAUGUUGGGGGGGUGAGGGCCCUGUGCCUGGCAUGCACAGGAAUUGCAAAGGGGUCAGGGGGAGGCAACACAUUCCCAGCUCAUGUAAAUACUCCUUUGUGAAUAAAUGCCCCUCUCCCCUUCCUUCCCAUGAGAAUCCUGCCAGGCCUUUGGUCCUGUGCCCCUCGAUGCCUCCGCCUCCUCUCUGGUACUUAUUGUGGUUUGCAAAAGCCUUUUGCACGCUUUGCUGAGCACGUCCGCUUCCGCUGCUCGCAAGCCAGCAUUGCCGGGAGGGUUUCUUCUCUCCCGCGCCCAUAGAAACACACACACAACAGACACCUCCCCAUCCUGUAUAGACCCUCGUCCUCCAAAGCGGUGCCUUGGGUUCACAGGAAUUUGCACACACUUUUGUCUGGCUCCGUGUUGUCCUUUUCCAUGUCGAGGCACAAAACACCUCUGUGUGCGUUGGUGUGCGCGCGCGUGUGCGUGUGUGUGUACCCGUGUGCGUGUCUGUCGCUCUGAGUGUCUCCCCGUGCGUCGUGCGCAGGUGGGCGGCUGAGCUUUUCGCCUUCUUUGUGGUCUGUAGUGGGGUGGAACAACGCAAGCUGGCCGCCGCUGCCGCUGCUUUGCGAGGGGCGUCGCAAUAUCUGGAGGGAUCCGUCGAAGUGGAGAACCCUUUCCCUGCCCAUUGCUUCCCCUUUCCAAGAUGCUUUUCUUUUCAAACCACUUUCUCCCCUUGCAGUGCUCCAAAGGCGGAAUGGGAUUCGGAGCUUUCUUCACACUACGCAAUUAUUGUGCUAUGACCCUACUUUAACUACCGCGGCUACAUCUUGUGAAAUCCUAGGAUAUAAAGUUUGGAGAGAUCGUAAAGUCCUUUGGCGGAGAAUCAUAAAUUGUGGUUGGGUGCAUUCAAGGCAUUUCCAGCUGAUGACAACCCUAAGCUUCGCAAACCUAUCAUGGGGCUUUCUGUGGCUGAAUGAAGAUUUGAACCUUGGUCUCCCAGAGUCCAACAUCCAAACCACUGGUUCGGACGUCUAAGUACCCUUCCCUCAAACUGCACAUCCCAGGACUCCAUAGGAAGUUGCCUUGGUAGUUAAAGCAGAGUCAUAGACUGGGACCUACAAGUGCACCUUCCUCUGCAUUGUGUAACUCCAUCCUCCCAUUUCCCUCUGCUAUCUCUCACUGGGAGGAAUGGGAGGAAGAGGGAGCAGAUGCAGUCCAUGGCGCUGGUCUCGGCUCCAGGGGAAAGAAAUGAGGGUGCAUUCACAAAUGGAGUGCAUGCAAUUUUCCUUCCCAAAGGAGCCCAGACCAGCUGGAUCUUCAUGGUCUGACUGCCUUGCCUUUCCCUCCCGUCGGUUGCUGGUUUGUGGGAGGAUUUGCACGAAGCGCAAAUGCAAGAGAAGAGCACUCUGCAUCCAGAAAGUGACUUAAUGGAUGGGUGCAUAAGCUGCAUUUACAUACCUGUGAGACACUGAACAGGAUGCUGUCCAUAGUCCCAUAACCGUGUGGUGUGAAAAGGCCUUUUCUUGAAGCCAUACAUCUGCGCUGUUAUUUUUGCAACUAUGGAAGUAACUACGGAUGGAUAUGGCAUUCCAAAAAAUGUGAUUUUGCAGCUGGAGAUGUCUAAAAACAGUAGCAAUGGGGGGAAACCACUCCGUCUCGGUUUGGUUGUAGUUCUCCAAAUCCCACCUUUGUUUCAGUUCCUUGUUUUGCAUCUGUUUGCAAAACUUUAGAUUUUUAGUUGUUGUUGUUGUUCCACCUUGAAAGUUGCACAUUGUGGUUUUUUUUUUUUUAAGCUAAUGUACAGAAUUAUUUACUGGCUCUUUGGGUCCUCUCCCUUCAUUUGAGGGAUCCCCCCAAAUCCUCUGCACCCAGAUAUCCAUGCGUUCGUUGUCUUUUUUCCCUUCUGUAACAUAGUCGAAAAGAAAGAGUUUGUAUUAUUUUUUCAUGGGGGGGUCAGGGACUUUCUGUUGUCCUCAGUUCUGCUUAUAGGGGAAUAGUCAAGAAUAGUGGGGAAAAGGGAGAGAAAAUGGGAAAUAAUGAUAAUAUUAAUAGACAAAAUCGACUGUGAAGCAUCUCUUACGCACUUUUGGACCUGGAAGCGAGACGCGGCGAUGCGGACGGACCCCUCUCUGGGAAGGCGAAUGUACGGAAACAAAGCUGUGAUGUAAAAAACGAAGUCACAUGGAAAUAAUAAAGAGUCCUUACACCUUG